AUGGGAUGCUCUCCAAGGUGCCUAGACGAGAUCGACGGGCCAACAAAUUUCGCAGGAGUUAUCAUAUCAGUUCAACAAUCAAGAAUUUGCACGGAUGUGUUGCAAACGAGUGUUUUUCCCUUUCCUGCUGGAAGGGUUUAUAACAUCGACUCUAACGAACCAACGUCUAUCAGCAACUUGCUGCCAACGAAAGUGCUCUGA